CUGCCGCGCGAUUCCUGGGAGCGAGCGCCGGUUCAGCGAAGGCAGGAGCCACCGGGUGAAACGGAGGAGAGGGAUGAGCCUCCGAGCACAAGCCGGGGGGGACAAAAAGAGGUCGGGUCCUGGCUCGGUUGUCCGUGGAACUAACCGUUAAAACGAAGCGUUUUCACCCCCCAGAAGCCGCCUCCAGCGCUCGUGCCGCUCGCUGUCACAAAGCGAAACAACCGGCAGCGGUUGGUGCGGCCGGUGUGACGUCAGAGCCGCCGGUGCUGCGAGGAGUUCUCAGAAUAGACUUCUAGGAAACGGACCAGACACUAUUUGGCUACGCGGAACUCCUCGUCUCUUCAUAUCGUUUGUAUUAGGCUUAUUCAUGUCAAGCCGAUGGUAAAAGCUCGUAUCCCGGUCGAGGUGUUUCUUCUUUGUUCAUUGCUCCGUCUCAUUUUCUGAAGACAUACAAAGCGGAUUUCAGCCAGGAGGACUCAAGAAAUAGCAUGAUUCUCUGCGUGCCAGGUCCAAGAGCUCCUCUCCCCGCUGCUCCGUCCACUGAAGCCCCACGGGGCAUGCGGGCAGGGACUGUACCUCCUACUCCUUGCCUUCAAAGCACCCCUCCGCUAUGGGACCCCACAAAGGACCUGCGGGCAAUUGCCAGCAACUUCUGCUUUCUAGAAAAUUCAGGAUGGUACUGGGGAGCUGUAACUGCGGCUCAGGCCCACGCUGCCCUUCAUGAGGCGUCUGAAGGAGCUUUUCUGGUACGGGACAGCAGCCACCCUCUGUACAUGCUGACCCUCUCGGUCAGGACUGCACGCGGCCCCACCAGCAUACGCAUCCAGUACAGCGGUGCCCGGUUUUUGCUCGACUCCAGCUCCCCGGCCCGGCCCAGCCUGUCGUCCUUUCCCAACGUGCCCAGCCUGGUGCAGCACUACAUGGGACCAGAGAGGAAAGCAGAGGAGGGGAAGGUGGAGGAGAGGGCUCCUUCAAAACCCUCUCAGCAGACAAUCCAGGAUUCAUCUGUGGUAUUAAAACUGAAGCGGGCCGUUUACAAGCCCCAGGGCCUCCCCUCCUUACAGCACCUCACACGCCUCGUCAUCAACAGACACUCUGACUGCCCUGACCAGCUACCACUCCCGAGACCUCUGCUGCGCUACAUACAGGACUAUCCCUUCAAAGUAUGAUGGCAUCCCCCUCAAGUCUGUUAUUCUGGCUGAAUCUCAGUUGACUUUCAACAGGUCCUUUGUGCCUGCACAUGAUUUGAUUGCUGCUCGAGCAGUUGGAGGCCAGUCACGAAAACGCUGGACACAGGGUCAUGUUUUUGCUGAUGAAAUAUGUACAAAUUCAGUCAAUACUGACGUGCCUGGUUUCAGACUUAAGUUGUCAAGGCCUGGGUGGUGAAGUACCCCAGAGAAGGACAACUCAUGAGCAAACUUCAGUACUGUAAUCUACUCUUAUUUUAUGAUGAAUGUGGAAAUUGUCCAUAUCCAUUUUACGCUCAUCAGUUCUGGAUGUACAUACUGUUCCUAAGAAGUACACUGAUUCCAUUGAGACAUCUUUUACACCAUUUUAUUUUUCUCGGCAAGACGUUUUUUCUACCUUUUACAUGUGUACAUUUUUCUAUUAAAAUGAGCAACUGGAGUCUAACUCGCUGUCCUUUAUAUCCUUUUCUGUCGUGUUGCUUACAAUGCCAGUUUUA